UAAUUUCUCCCUGAAACCCUAACAAGUAACAAUCCCCUUUCCUAUAUUCUUCUUCUUCUCCUCUCCCUAACUCGCUGCACGAACUCACUGAGUGAAACACAGAAUGGGGCGAGUUCGCACAAAAACGGUGAAAAAAUCCUCGAGGCAAGUGAUCGAGAGGUACUACUCCAAAAUGACGCUGGAUUUUCACACGAACAAGAAGGUUCUAGAAGAAGUAGCGCUAAUCCCAUCGAAGAGGCUCCGAAACAAGAUCGCAGGGUUCUCAACGCACCUGAUGAAGAGGAUCCAGAAAGGACCGGUUCGUGGAAUCUCGCUGAAGCUGCAGGAAGAGGAGAGAGAGAGGCGCAUGGAUUUCGUUCCAGAAGUUUCCGCCAUUAAUGUCGAUAGCAUCGAGGUCGAUAAUUCCUGCCAUCAGUGUGUUAUGUAUUGCAUUGGGAGAGAAUAUUACAAUGCUGCACUAUUGCAUAUUGGUGAUUUUAGUAGCUUUUAG